GUGCCUCGUCAAUCAUUGAAUUUUGCCGAGUCAGUGUUGCUUUCUUUCCUAAAACUUAUUUAAACAGCUGAAUACUUCAAAACAUACUGAAAAUGGAUAACGUAACAACAUUGAGCAAUAACUUGUUGCAAGAAUGGAAAAAAGGCAGCCCAAAUUUGAAAAAGUGCGGUGACCUCUUGGAGAAAAUUAAGGUUGCUUUAGUCCAAAAGAGCUUCUUGCCUGUUGGGAAUGUCUCAGUUUCUGUGCAGGAAUUGAAAGUUGCUAGAGAUGUAUUGGAGAUUGGUGUAGAAUACAGCAUUAUGGUGAAAGACGUGUUGUCCUUCGAAAGAUACGUUUCGCAGUUAAAGAGUUAUUACUACGAUUACAAGAAAUUAAUUGGAGAGUCAACCAAUAAAUACAAAAUUUUGGGAAUGAAUUUACUCUUUUUGCUUUCGCAAAAUCGUGUUGCAGAUUUCCACACAGAAUUAGAAUUACUUCCAGCAGAAAUCAUCCAAACAAACGUAUUUAUUCGAUAUCCCUUGGCACUGGAACAGUACAUCAUGGAAGGUAGAUACAACAAGAUUUUUGUAGCAAAGGCUAAUUCACCUGCUGAAAUUUACAACUUCUUUAUUGAUACAUUGGUUGAGACAGUCAAAGAAGAAAUUGCUGCUUGCUUGGAAAAAUCAUAUGAAAAAAUUAGUCUCAGUGAUGCAGCGAAACGUCUCAAUAUGCGAUCAAAAGCAGAAUUGGAACAUUUUGGCAAAAAGAGAAACUGGGUUCUUAACUCGCAAGGAUAUUAUGUUUUCUUGAGUGAAACCGUCAAAUACAAGGAGCCUUUACCAUCCAUAGACCUAGCGGAACAAGCUAUAUUUUAUGCUCGAGAAUUAGAGAUGAUAGUUUAAAUAAAUUAGGCAAACAUCUCUAUAUUCUUCCUCGUUUAUAUCCGAAAAAUAAAAAUUUCGAAGUAAUAAAAAAACUGAAUGAUUUUAUACAUAUAUACAUUUU